UGGUCAUGUGGCACAAGCUCACCAUAACGUAUUUAUUCACUUAUCUCUGCCUGAACGCGCAUUAAGUUUAUUUAACAUUUUCCAAUAAAAUUAAUUGGAAUUUAACUCAAUUUCGGUCAUGACCCCUCCAAUCCAAAGUCAUCCGUUUAAUACAGAGCGCUGGAGCACACUUGCCUGAACGAAUUCAGGAUGAGAGAGAGAGAACAAACGAGAAAAAGACCACAGGACGCGUAGUCCCAGGAGAUGCACGGACAGGGACGGGUUGCCUCGUAGGGAGAAGAAUCGCUCAGCGGUUAUUAAAAGCUGUGGGCUAUAUUCUCAAUGUUUUAGGAUCGACUGAGUGGGAGGAUAUCUGGACAGAAUACAGGAAUUCAUAAUUUGAUCGAGACACGGGGAUGCAAUAGGAACUAGGGUUUAUAACUGCAGUUCAAUGUUAAGACGCGCAUAAUGAACCGGCAAAAGGUAAGAUGGCACGCGGGCACGCAGUCAACUUUGUUCAAGUCUUUUGGAAUUAAAGCAGAGGCAUCACUUUUCACAUUAUUUUGUCGAAGGGACUUAGAAAUUCUUAGUUUUUCCAAAGUCUUGAAGACUUGUGAGCUGGACAUGCAGUAGAAUGGCCCUCCUCGGAUGGGUCUCUGAGGGAAGGGGAUGUCAGCUUUUCACCACAAUAGCCCAACAGACAGAGACAUCAGGAGAGUCCUCCAAAAACUUCUAGUCAUGCUGUCUUUGGGAGUAAUCUGCGUAUCUGUCUUCUACUUCCUGACGGGAUGCUGUGAAUCGGAUCUUACAGAAUACACUAUCUCCAACAGACCCGCCCGAGAGUUUCUCUUACCAGGUUGGUAUCAUGAGCGAAACGGGACCUUUUACAAGGACGUUGUAACCGUCCAUGACGAAGAUGGAUACCAAGGGGCUGGAGAGCGGAGCACAAAAACGCCCGAUUUGGUGACGAAUAACUCUGGUACAGAUUGGACGGCGACCCGGCGGUUACCUCAAGCUCUCAUUAUUGGGGUGAAGAAGGGUGGCACGCGGGCUCUUUUGGAAUUUCUCAGGCUGCACCCCGACAUCCGCGCACUAGGCUCUGAGCCGCACUUCUUUGAUCGGCAUUACGCACGAGGAUUGAACUGGUACAGGAGUAUGAUGCCCAAGGCCUUGGAUGGACAGGUUGUCAUCGAGAAGACACCUCGUUACUUUGUUACCAUGGAGACGCCAGGGCGUGUCCACUCCAUGUCACGUGAUGUAAAGCUGAUUGUGGUGGUACGAGACCCUGUGACCAGGGCCAUCUCCGACUACACCCAGAUCAUCUCCAAAACCCCCAACAUCCCUGCCUUCGAGACCCUUGCCUUCAAGAACAGCACUAAUGGUGAGAUUGAUGAUCUGUGGAGCCCACUGUGGAUUGGACUGUAUGCUCAGCACCUGGAGCGCUGGCUGGCCUGGUUCCCACUGGCCCAGAUCCACCUGGUCAGUGGGGAGGGCCUCAUCUCUGACCCGGCCGGAGAACUAGGAAAAGUCCAGGACUUUCUGGGCCUCCAGAGGAUUGUGACGGACAAGCACUUCUACUUCAAUAAGACAAAAGGUUUCCCCUGUCUGAAGAAGCCGGAGGGCAGCAGCAAGCCCCAUUGCCUGGGAAAGACUAAGGGGCGGAUACAUGCCCCCAUUGACCCGGAUGUAAUCCAGAGACUUAGGGAGUUCUACAGACCGCACAACAGGCGUUUCUAUCAGAUGGCUGGCCAGGACUUUGGAUGGCAAUGAGAACUCACCAAGGUGAACCAUGAAUCCAGAGUAGAAAAGACACUCCCACAGUUCAAAGGGCUUUUUGUCUCUAGGCUUCAGUUUGUACUGUGUACUGGUUACUGUGACUUGGUGAUAAGAAGAACAGCAUGGGUCCUUCCUGGUCGUACGAAUGCCACUCCGCUGGGAACUGAGUCUCAUGUUGAUAGAUCUCUGGGUAGCGAGAAAACAGAGAUUCUCUUUUCUUGGUUUGAUGACAGAAAAGCCAGUCUCCAUACUAGUUCCCUUCAGUAUCUAAUAGAUGUGAAAAGAAAGUGACUCUAAGCUGUGUUUGAAAACACUUUCCGUUCUUGUCAUAGGUAGUUCUGCUUCACUCCUGGUCCUCACUGGCCCACCAGGAAUAAAUAGUGUUGCUAUAGGAUGUGCCAUCUGUAGUCCAGACUGAUGUUUGUGCUGUAUUUAAAUUGUCCUGUGGCUGCUUCUGAAAAUUAUUGAAGCUCUUAACUAAAUAGAACAACAAUUUUGUCUUACCAAGCCUCAUGGAGUUAGACAUUUUCUUAUCCUUUUUACCCAACUUAGCGAAUCUUAGGCUACGACUUAAAAGAGUUUUAGGCAAUCAAUACAUAUCGAAUAUCAUCGUCAAGUAUUACCAGAAACGGGAUGAAUCUUUUAUGUAGAAAUCAGUGAGAGGAAGUAUGAGUAGCAUCUUUAUAAGUGCUCAGAUUUGACUGAGUGGUUUUGUAUUGUUGAAUAAUGAAUGUGUGUAAGUGGAUUAGGAGCAACUCAAACGCGUUCCCUUUCCGGGUAGAGAAUGCCCAUAGGCACAUAUCCAGGAUUAGUUGAACAUCCCUCAAUCCUAUCAUUAACCUUAAGAGAAAACAGGAUCAUCUGACAUUAUGUCAGUGUCUGUGUCGUCCUAAACUGGAUAGCCCACCACACGAGGACAACCUUGAAUGAAUAAGAGAUCAUUAACCAAUAUAUUGUGAUCAAUUGGUGUUUGUCCCAUCCGAAGCUGCUGUAUAACCUCUAUCUCCUAUUUGCAUGUAUUUGCACUAGUUUGUAAAAAAUAAAACGACAGUAAAAUGUAUUUUGAAGGAAA